AGUCCCAAGGAAUGUCCAUUCUUCUGUACCUAUGAAGAAUCACCGUGUUGUCCAUUUACAAGUGAACCCGUCUGUGAACCUGUCUGUCAAACUUUUGCUCCAUGUAAAGUCACACCCUGUCCCACAAACUGUCCUGGGCGCUGUCAUUACCCAGACGCAGGUUCCUGUUGUCCUCGCAGUGGUAAAGCCGUCUGU